AUCAUCAACACCUUCAAUACUGCAUCGACUCCUGAAGGUUAUACACCAGUGGUUAUCACAACUCCAUCAUCUCCUGGUGCUUCAACACCCAGUGAAUCAUCAACACCUUCCAAUGCUGCAUCGACUCCUGAAGGUUCUACCUCAGUCGUUAUAGCAACAACAUUAUCUCCUGGUGCUUCAACACCCAGUGAAUCAUCAACACCUUCCAAUGCUGCAUCGACUCCUGAAGGUUCUACCUCAGUCGUUAUAGCAACUACAUUAUCUCCUGGUGCUUCAACACCCAGUGAAUCAUCAACACCUUCAAAUACUGCAUCGACUCCUGAAGGUUCUACUACAGUUAUUAUCACAAUACCUUCAUCUCCUGGUGCUUCAACACCCAGUGAAUCAUCAACACCUUCCAAUGCUGCAUCGACUCCUGAAGGUUCUACUUCAGUCGUUAUAGCAACUACAUCAUCUCCUGGUGCUUCAACACCCAGUGAAUCAUCAACACCAUCCAAUGCUGCAUCGACUCCUGAAGGUUCUACUACAGUUAUUAUCACAUCUCCAUCAUCUCCUGGUGCUUCAACACCAAGUGAAUCAUCAACACCUUCCAAUGCUGCAUCGACUCCUGAAGGUUCUACUACAGUUAUCACACCUCCAUCUUCUCCUGGUGCUUCAUCACCCAGUGAAUCAUCAACACCUUCCAAUGCUGCAUCGACUCCUGAAGGUUCUACCUCAGUCGUUAUAGCAACUACAUUAUCUCCUGGUGCUUCAACACCCAGUGAAUCAUCAACAGCAUCCAAUGCUGCAUCGACUCCUGAAGGUUCCACUACAGUUAUUAUCACAUCUCCAUCAUCUCCUGGUGCUUCAACACCAAGUGAAUUAUCAACACCUUCCAAUGCUGCAUCGACUCCUGAAGGUUCUACUACAGUUACUAUCACACCUUUAUCAUCUCCUGGUGCUUCAACACCCAGUGAAUCAUCAACACUUUCCAAUGCUGCAUCGACUCCUGAAGGUUCUACUGUAGUCGUUAUAGCAACUACAUUAUCUCCUGGUGCUUCAACACCCAGUGAAUCAUCAACACCUUCCAAUGCUGCAUCGACUCCUGAAGGUUCUACCUCAGUCGUUAUAGCAACUACAUUAUCUCCUGGUGCUUCAACACCCAGUGAAUCAUCAACACCUUCCAAUGCUGCAUCGACUCCUGAAGGUUCUACCUCAGUCGUUAUACCAACAACAUUAUAUCCUGGUGCUUCAACACCCAGUGAAUCCUCAACACCUUCAAAUACUGCAUCGACUCCUGAAGGUUCUACUUCAGUCGUUAUAGCAACUACAUCAUCUCCUGGUGCUUCAACACCAAGUGAAUCAUCAACACCUUCCAAUGCUGCAUCGACUCCUGAAGGUUCUACUACAGUAACUAUCACACCUCCAUCAUCUCCUGGUGCUUCAACACCCAGUGAAUCAUCAACACCUUCCAAUGCUGCAUCGACUCCUGAAGGUUCUACUUCAGUCGUUAUAGCAACUACAUUAUCUCCUGGUGCUUCAACACCCAGUGAAUCAUCAACACCUUCCAAUGCUGCAUCGACUCCUGAAGGUUCUACAUCAGUCGUUAUAGCAACUACAUUAUCUCCUGGUGCUUCAACACCCAGUGAAUCUUCAACACCAUCCAAUGCUGCAUCGACCCCUGAAGGUUCUACUAUAGUUAUUAUCACAUCUCCAUCAUCUCCUGGUGCUUCAACACCAAGUGAAUCAUCAACAACUUCCAAUGCUGCAUCGACUCCUGAAGGUUCUACCUCAAUCGUUAUAGCAACUACAUUAUCUCCUGGUGCUUCAACACCCAGUGAAUCAUCAACACCAUCCAAUGCUGCAUCGACUCCUGAAGGUUCUACUCCAAUUAUUAUCACAUCUUCAUCUUCUCCUGGUGCUUCAACACCCAGUGAAUCAUCAACACCUUCCAAUGCUGCAUCGACUCCUGAAGGUUCUACUACAGUAACUAUCACACCUCCAUCAUCUCCUGGUGCUUCAACACCCAGUGAAUCAUCAACACCAUCCAAUGCUGCAUCGACUCCUGAAGCUUCUACUACAGUUAUUAUCACAUCUCCAUCAUCUCCUGGUGCUUCAACACCAAGUGAAUCAUCAACAACUUCCAAUGCUGCAUCGACUCCUGAAGGUUCUACUACCGUUAUCACACCUCCAUCUUCUCCUGGUGCUUCAACACCCAGUGAAUCAUCAACAGCAUCCAAUGCUGCAUCGACUCCUGAAGGUUCUACUACUGUUAUCACACCUCCAUCAUCUCCUGGUGCUUCAACACCCAGUGAAUCAUCAACACCUUCCAAUGCUGCAUCGACUCCUGAAGGUUCUACUACAGUUAUCACACCUCCAUCUUCUCCUGGUGCUUCAUCACCCAGUGAAUCAUCAACACCUUCCAAUGCUGCAUCGACUCCUGAAGGUUCUACUACAGUUAUUAUCACAAUACCUUCAUCUCCUGGUGCUUCAACACCAAUUGAAUCAUCAACACCUUCAAAUACUGCAGUGACUCCUGAAGUGAAUCAUUAA